UGAGUUCCGGCGGUGCAGCCAUUUUGGAUCUGUCAGAGUCCGCUGUGACCUGGAGAUGCCGGACGAUUGGAAGAAGGACGCGUACCCUGAGCCUCCCGGCCGGACCCCGGCUUCGGACAAACAGACCGCUCUCCCCAAUCCGGCCGUUAUUGUCGGGAAACUCUUUAACUAUGCGGUGGAUGCUCCGGUCACGCUGUUCCAUGACUGGGUUGAGAGUCAGCGGUUGAAGAAGAAAUAUAAUUAUUAUCACAGGGAAUAUCGCCGUGUCCCUUACCUGACUGAGUGUGAAGUGGGCGACUACCUGUGUUAUUAUGAAGCUGAAAUGCAGUGGAAAAGGGAUUACAAAGUGGAUCAGGAGAUUGUGAAGAUCCUGCAGGAGAGAAUGAGAGCUUGUCAGCAGAGAGAGGGCCACAGCUAUGUACAGAAUUGUGCCAAGGAGGUGGCCCAGUUCACUGAAGCAGCCAAGGGCUACCAGUCUAGAUAUGGCGACCUCGGUGCUUAUGGCAACGCUCGGAAAUGUCUGAUGAAGCAGAAACACCGGAUGAUUGCGGAGAGGAACGCAGCUGAAGCCUCAUAAGCCUGGAGCCCCCCAGCACUUGUACAUUGUUCUGUCCUAGCUCUGAUACCAGUCUUAUACUAUAUACUAGUCUGUAUAAUAAACUGAUACCAGUCUCUGUAAUAAACCUGUCUGUAUAAUAAACUCUAUUAGAACUCACAA